GCGCUUGCUGGUGUUGGUGGAAGAAGAGAGUUACUCUCAAGAAGAAAACGUGUUUCUUUGGUGUUGCAUUCUUCUGCACCACAGCAACCCCCUGGAUUGUUGUUGACAUCGGGUCGGGUUCUUUGUGUGACGGACGCGGUGUUGAUCGUGGAAUCAACACAGCGAACGUCAAACGUCGGGUUGCUUUGUGACGAUCAGUGCUUUGGUAAAAUUUAAUUUAGUGUGCUGAAAAAUUCAGAGUGUUUCGAAGAGCUGCAAUUCAACCAGGAAAAACAUACAAAAUUUUGAAAAUGAAAACAAGAAAAAUCUAGUGGAAUUUGACCACCUGUGAAAAGAAGGAAAGAAAAAUGCAAUAGUGUUUGACACCUCGAAAACCCCUACCGAAGGAGGAUUAUUUUGGAUUUUACUUCAUUGACCUGUCAUCGUCGUCGGUUCUCCCGUACCAAUACAGCGCAACUGAAAGCAGGCCAAAGGAGCGGUGCUGAAGGAGUAAAGAGGCGAGACAAAACGAGAGAGCUGUCAUAAUAGACGGAACACGGCUAGAUUAGAUCGCCGCGGCUGAUUGCGGGUGGUGUCCCCCGCUUCUCCCGGCAUCCCGCACCGCUCCACCUCUAAGCCAAGAUGGACGAGCGGCGGGUGGCGGACUACUUUGUGGUGGCCGGCAUGCCGGAGAACCCCAAACUGCUGAAGGAGAACAUCUUCAACGAUUCGUCGCACCUGCGGUCGGCUGUGACGAUCGAUCCGAUCACGGACAUUGGCGUGUUUUUUCCGUCGCUGGGGGAGAAGAUUCCGGCGGACUACGAGGUGUUGGAGAAUACGCCGAGCGGGCUGUUGGCGGAUUUGAACUACGGGUCGGUGCGGACGACGGCUUGUUUUAUUUAUUACCGGAGGGGGAAGGACAAGUCGCCGCUGGUUGAUAUUGGGGUGAUGUACGAGGGGGCGGAGCGGAUCAUGUCGGAUGCGGAGAUUGUGCUGAAUACGCCGGGGGAUCGGUUGGCGAAUGUGAACAACUCGUCGGCGAAGACGUUUAUCACUUUUCGGCGGGCGAAGACGGAUAUGCCGUGCAAUGAGUUGGUGGUGACGGAUUUGUGCGUGGUGAUUCCGUCGAAGGGGGAGAAGCCUCCGCACGCGUUCUGUAUGAUCCACAAGACGUUGAACAAGGGGAUUAUGGGGAGUGACGUGUACUUGUGUUACAAGAAGUCGAUGAACCGGCCGAAGUUGAUUAGUUAUCAGCCGGAGAUAUUGCAUCGGUAUCCGACGGUGGAUCAUAAUGAUUUUCCGUUGAAUUUGUGUCCGAGCGUGCCGUUGUUUUGUUUGCCGAUGGGAACGACGCUGGAGGCGUGGCCUCACGUGCCGGGUGGCGAUGGCAAACUGAAGCGCAAGCCCAUCCAACCGAUAUUCAGUACGUUCGUGCUGACGGUGAACGAUGGCACGUACAAAGUGUACGGUUCGGCGCUGACGUUCUACGAGAACUUUAGCGAGCGCCAGCUGAACGAGCAGCAGCGGGAGCUGCUCGAGUGGGGUCCGGAGUCGCACAAGACGCACUCGCUGCACGUCAACAAGUCGAUCUGCCUGCUGUCGCGGUGGCCCUUUGGCGAUACCUUCGAGAAGUGGCUCCAGUUUCUGCACCAGAUUUCGAUCUACAACGAGCCGUUGCCAGUGCCGAUCGAGCGCUACAUCACGCACCUGCUCGACGAAGUGCCAUUCCCGUCGCCCAGCAUCUUACUGCAGCUGUCGAAUUUGAGUCAGGACCGGAUCUUGCUGACGUUGCCGGAGGAUUCGCCGUUGCCGCGAAGCGGCGCAGGGUUUCGGCAGUUGCUGUCGAAUUUAGGGCCGGAGAACUGUCUGCACGUGCUGCUGCUGGUCAUGACCGAGCAGAAGAUCUUGAUUCACUCGUUGCGACCGGCGACGUUGACGGCCGUGGCGGAAGCCGUUUCGUCGUUUUUGUUCCCGUUCAAGUGGCAGUGUCCGUAUAUUCCGCUGUGUCCGCUCGGGUUGGCCGAGGUGUUGCACGCACCGUUGCCGUACUUGAUCGGGGUUGAUUCGAGAUUCUUCGAUCUUUAUGAACCGCCGAACGAUGUGACUUGCGUGGAUCUGGACACGAACAACAUCAGUUUGUGUGAAUCGCAGAAGCAUUUGAUAACCAAGUUGCUGCCGAAGCGGGCGGCUCGGGUGUUGAAGCAAACGUUGAGGAAUUUGGAGGAGUUGAGCCAGAAUGGAUCGUACGAGUCGUCGAACAGCUUGGAUCGGGACUUUAAGAAGAAGAAGCGGGAGCACAACUUGGAGCAGCGGAUACAGGAGGCGUUUCUGCAGUUUAUGGCGUCGAUUCUGAAGGGUUAUCGUGACUACUUGGUGCCGAUUUCGAAGGCACCGACCUGCCGGGCGACCGAUCCGGACGCGUUGUUCCAGAUGAACGCGUUUUUGAGGUCACGCGACAAAGCGCAUCACAAGUUCUUUCAGCUGCUGAUGAAGACGCAGAUGUUUAUCAAGUUUAUCGAGGAGCGCUCGUUCGUGUCCGACGGGGAUCACAAUCUGGCGUUCUUUGACGAGUGCGCCGAAAAGGUCAGUGCCUACGAAGAUACUCCGACGGAGAUCAAACUCAUCGACUGGGAUUCCGGCCAGAGCAGCGAGCGGACCAAAUUCAUUCUGCCGCCCGAGUGCGCACCGGGACUGCCCGAGCAAAACUACCAGUACUGCGCGUUCGUGUUAAACCCAGUCCUGCUGAAACAAUCCCGACGGACCGUCCUCAUGAACGCCCUCCAGCAGCACCAGACCAGCCUGGCGCCCGGUUCCCCCAUGGCCCGACGAACAAAACACGAGAUUAAAACCGCCCAAAAGCUAGCCCGCAAGAACCAAGCCAACCCGGAACUCUGGGCCAAACAUCUGCUCGCGACCUGCUACUCAAUCUACUUCAUCGUCCUGCCCAGCCUGAUCGCGGAAAACUCCGGCCGCGAGCACGCCAUCCUGAAAGCCGCCUACGACCUGCUCAGCAAGGCCAGCAAGCUGAAGAUCCAUUGCGACGAGGUCUGCUACCGCAUCAUGAUGCAACUCUGCGGAAUGCACAACCUCCCGGUCCUCGCCGUCCGCCUCCACUACCUGAUGAAGCGCUCCGGCAUCCAACCGAACGCCCUCACCUACGGCUUCUACAACCGCUGCGUCCUCGAAGCCCAGUGGCCCUCGGACUCGCUGCUCUCCAGCCAAAUGCGCUGGAACCGACUGCGCAACAUCGUCCUCGGCGCCGCCCACUUCAAGCGCGCCGGCAAAAAGUUCGCCGCCCGCCGAAAACUCUCCAUCUCCCACGAGAACAACCUCUCCACGCUGGAAUCCGUCGACGGAACGUCCCGCACCAGCCUCGACUCGGGCAUCUCCGGCGCCGCCGAACACACCUCCAACCCCGCCAUCGACUUUGCCGCGUUCGACAAGCUGCGCGGACGCCUCGGAACGAUCGUCCGCCAGUCGGGCGCCCCGCAGGAAUCCUCCGACGUAGUCUCCAGCGCCGGCCUGCUCAUCAGCGGCGAAGGCACGACCCACCACAAGCUGAACGGCACGGCCGCCUCCGGCGGCGGCAGUCCCAAAGACAAGCAACAGGUGUUCAAAUCCCCCUCGUCGUCUUCGACGACCUGCGACCUCAGUCCGCGAAUGCUGGCCCGAGCGGACAGCUUCGCCGGAGACUCCAAGUUUAUCGACAAACUGCAACGGCACUCGCUGCAGAACGGGGGCACGCCGAAUGGCGUGACCGUUGGCGACGGAGCGAUUGGAAAGGUUAAGCGAGCGCUCGAUUUCGCACCCGAAACGGCCGAGAACAGCUCACAGGAGGAGCUUGUUGAGGGGAAGGACGACUCCAAGGGUAGUCCAACCAAGGUCUCCGCCCGCACCGUGGUCACCCAGGACGACCCGCUCGGGGCGCUCAACGACGGCGACGACGAAGUUUUGGAGCUGCAGCGUUCCACCGAGAAGCUUUCGCUAGCAGGUGGUGACAAACCGAACGCCAACGGGGCGGCGUUGCACCACCACAACAACACCAUCUACACCGACCAGCCGGUGCUGUUCAAGGGGCAGCGGUCGGCGACGUUUGACGACUCGCUGCAGCUGAACAAGAGCAUGCACCGGUCGGAGACGAUGCCGGUGGGAAGCUCGGUGACGGCGAGCUUCGCCAGCAGCAUCGGGUCGACGCUCAAGUUUAGCUUUGGCCGUUACUCACCCGCACGUUUAUCCAUGAAAAAAGAUUUCAAAUCCCUCUCGACGAAUGUGAUCGAAAGCAUUUCCAGCGUCAGUCCCAGUCUGACGGGCAAGAAAUCGAACGAGAUUCUGCAGGGUGGCCUGAGCAGCAUCAAGUACGCGGCCACGUCCGUGGCGAAAAAGCUCGACGAAAUCAAGGAGGCCAUCUCGGCCAACUCGACGCCGGUGAAGACCGGCUCCGGAACGCUCCACAACGGUGGCUCGCUGGACGGGCGCGAUGGCCACGGCUCGGAGAGUGAUCUGAUGGGUAGUGAGCACGAUGGAGGUAACGGAACGACGAUCACGAACGGAAUCAACGGUGGAAGUAGGUCGCGACGGGUGUCGAGCGAGUUUGACCUGUGGGGACGGUUCAGCGAGUCGCGCAAGAGCAGCUACAACAACCUGGUGCCGCUGGGGGAGAACGCGGCCACGUCCAGUAACAGCUUGAACACGUAUCCUACGCUGCCGGACAAUAUCUACCCGGUGAUUCCGGAGGUCUCCGAACCGCACGAGUCGGACUUUGUGAUCCAGAUCACGUCCUGUUCGCAGUGCCACAACUGCUCGGUGCUGCUGUACGACGAGGACGUGAUGGCCGGCUGGUCCGCCGAGGAUUCCAACCUCAACACGAGCUGCCACGCCUGCCAGAAGGUCACCGUGCCCUUCCUGAACGUCCACAUCGUGUCCGAGGACCGGUCCAAGCUGCAGCUGCAACAGAAAGACCAGCAGUCUGGGGGCGAUCAACAGGCGGCGUCAGACGUCAUCACCGUGCCAUACCUGAACCCGCUGGUGUUGCGGAAGGAGCUCGAGAACAUCCUCGCCCAGGAGGGGGAUUAUGCGCUGGGAAAGGCCAGCUUCGUCGAGGAGCAUCCGAUCAUCUACUGGAAUCUGGUGUGGUUCAUGGAACGGAUCGACGUGGCGACGCACCUGCCGAAUCUGAGCCUGCCGAAGCAGGAGGGCGAACACGUGGACCCGCUGAGCACGUUGAAGAAUGUGUCCGUGCACUGUCUGUGGGACAACCAGCGGCUGCACUCGGAAGCAGGACCGGCUAUGUACAUGCUCUGGCGGCAGAAUCAACCGGCGAGUCCGCUGCUGAAGGCUCUGCUGACGGAUCAGACGUCGAUCAAUCGAGCUGUCAUGCAGCAGGUGAUCGCCUCCAUCCGGUGCAACGACCUGCUGACGCCGAUCAAGCGGCUCGCCAACGAGCGCCACAAGCUGAAGCACCGCGGCGUCGACCGGACGCACUCGAUCUACCGGGACAUUCUGUUUUUGGCCUUCAUUGCGAUUGGCCGGGCCAACAUCGAUCUGAACUCGUUCCACCGCGAGUACGCGACCGUGUUCGACAAGCUGACGGAGAAGGAGUGCAACGCGUACUACCGGACGCAGGACCUGCCUCCGUCCUCGGCGGCCAUCUUUUGCCGCGAGUACUUUAAGCCGUUGAUGCUGCCCUGACCCAGCGUCAAGCUGCUACAGCGGCGGAGCAGGUAGCAAACUUACCUCCAAAGGGUUGAGGUAAGAGACGGGACGUGACGUGUAAAUUAUUAGUUUUUUUUUUAAUUUAAAACUCCCCCGGAAAGGACAACAAUAAAUUUAUUUUUUAGUCGAUAGAGCAUCAUUCACACAUUCUGCUAGUUAAAUUACAUCUCAUUAAAACAAGAGCACUAAAUCAGAAGCUUAAACACGCAGACCAACUCCCCCUUUAAAUGAGUGGUAAUUAACACUAACGUAAUUAGUAACUUAUCAAAGAGAUUACGGUGUCAAGCUUGCUCAAUAGACAUACUAAAAAAACACACACAGAAAAAAAAGCCUGACGUCAGCAAUCAUUCUACUUAACGAAAAAAUAAGACAUGAAAAAAAGAGUGUUUGUGAUACAACUCAAAUUAAUGAGAGAGAGAAAAAAAAACAUAUUCUACUUAGAAAGAGGCAAACAAUUUUCGUUGGAUGUAAAAAAAGUUCUUUUCUGCAAACGAAUAAAAAAGAUUGCAAGUUUUUAUGUGUUGUUGUUGCACACUGCGUGAACAAAAUUUCUGUUACAGAGAAGUUGUGUAAAAAUCGUUGUAAACCGGAAGGAAAAACAAAUAAUAAUAUCUACUUAGAGUUCGAUCUUUUAAUUAUGUUGCUUAUUCUGCACACAGAAGAUUAUUGCAAGGCAAGACAAGGGCUUUACGCAAAACAUAACGAAAAAAAAUCGCUGUAAAGACAAGUUUGGCUAAGCAGAAUAACAUUUAAAAAAAAUAGUGUUGCUAAUGCUAGCAACGAUAGUAAAAUAGAAAAUGACAUAUACUGGUGAAAAGAAGAAAAUAUAUAUGUACGAUUCUAAGUGAUAAAAUUGA